AGUUUGCAAGCUGCAUGAAAACCAGGGAGAAUGUGGAAGAUGAAUAUGCAUGUGGCUAAAACUGCAGGAUCGAAUUAGGCUUGGAUUCUUUCUUGAUUCUUCCACAGCCUGCCCCAUACAGACAUUAGCAAAUCACUUUACAAAAACUUGUUUCUUCAUUCAUAAAACAGCAAUUUCUGUUUUACAGAGAGGUGCAAGGCUAGCUGAGUCAAAGCUGAUAAAAUCUAGUGGGAAAGUGCUGCAGAAAGCUUCAUUUCACUGCACUGGCUAAUCUUCCCAAGAGUGUAGUGUUUUGCUCCUGGAAUGAUCUUCUAGCCAGAAUAUAAAGGGAGGCUGCAUCCAAGACAAGUUCUCUCAGAGACAGGACACAGAUGAGUGCUGCUAGACCAGGAGAGGAAACAAGGAGGCUUUUUACUGCACAGGCUCAGACAGGACAACACUGCUCACUAAUACUUCUCACUCACCAACAUGUUGGAAGAAGAUAAUGAUGAGACAUGUUGGAAUAACCUGGAGAACUUCCGGGUGAAGCUGAUCUCUGUGAUAGAUCCUUCCCGUAUAACACCCUAUCUUCGCCAGUGCAAAGUGAUCAGCCAUGAUGACGAGGAACAAGUUCUUAAUGACCCCAGCCUGGUCAUGCGCAAACGGAAGGCAGGUGUUCUUCUGGACAUUCUUCAACGAACAGGACACAAGGGCUUUGAGGCAUUUCUGGAGAGUCUUGAGCUUUAUUAUCCACAACUGUAUAAGAAAAUAACUGGCAAGGAGCCCAGCAGGGUUUUCUCUAUGAUUAUAGACACCGCUGGGGAAUCCGGCCUGAGCCAGCUCCUGAUGAACGAGAUCAUGAAGCUGCAGAGCACUGUGCAGGAGGAGCGCCGGAAGGCCCAGGAGCUCACCGUGUGGCUGCACACCAAAGAGGACACGAUCAGAGAGAUGUGGGUGAGGGACAGCCUGCUCCGCAAGCACCAAGAGCGGGCGCAGAAGAUGAAGGAGGAGAGGGACAGCCUGAGCAAGGAGCUGCGGAAGUGCAAGGACGAGAACUACAACCUGGCAAUGAGCUACGCCAAACAGAGCGAGGAGAAGAGCGCUGCCCUCAUGAAGAACCGGGACCUGAUCCUAGAGAUCGAUCACUUGAAGCACAGCCUCAUGAAGGCUGAGGAUGACUGCAAACUGGAGCGUAAGCACACAAUGAAACUGAAGCACGCCAUAGAGCAGCGCCCAAGCCAUGAGGUGAUGUGGGAGAUCCAGCAGGAGAAGGAGUUGCUCUUGGCCAAGAAUCAGGAGCUGGAGAACACUCUCCAGCAGGUUGCCAGGGAACAGAAUUUGGAGAAGAGCCUGUCCAGUGAGACUCUGGAGAAUGACUGUAGCCAGAUACUAGAAGAACGCCGGAGGCUGAUGAACACCAUUUACAGCCUUCGCAAGGAGCUGCGGCGAGCUGAGGUGCUCCAAGACAAAUAUGCAGAGGAAAAAGAGAUGCUUGAACUACAGUGCACGUCUCUGAGGAAGGACUCCCAGAUGUAUAAAAAACGGAUUGAAGCUGUCUUGCAGCAGAUGGAGGAAGUGGCUUCAGAAAGAGACCAGGCACUCCUGACCCGAGAACAGUUCUAUAUGCAGUACUCCAAGAACCUGGUUGAGAGGGACGGUUACCGCAAGCAGAUUCGGGAGCUGGGGGAGCGAUGUGACGAAAUGCAACUGCAGCUCUUCCAAAAGGAGAGUCAGUUACUGGCUACUGAAGCCAAGCUGAAAAGUUUGCAACUGGAGCUACCCACACCGACCUCUGACCUGGACGAUACCUCCUCCAGAGAUUCCCAGGAACUUACUCUUCACGGUCAUCUAGAUGAAGAUACACAACCGACUAAAAAAGAUUGCCCUGAAGGACAAAACCAGCAAUUCAGCACCCGAGAGAGCAGUCUGCCUCCAAACUCAGCCAGUUUCAAGGAGUGUGGCUUAGCCAAUGAGGAACUGGCAGAAAAGGAGCGGAGGAGGAUGAAGGACUGCUUUGAGCGUUACCGAAGAUCUGUCAUGGUUUAACCCCAGCCAGCAACUAAGCACCAUGCAGCUGCUCACUCAGAGGCUCAUGCUCCUAGCUGAACUGGUUGAGACUCCUGUUUUAGUACCAGAGGUAGCCAAGACAGCAAUGAUUGCAUUUGCUGUGAACCAUGCAGAUGGUUCCACAGCAGGGAGUGGAGGGUGCUCCAAAGAACUGCAAGUUUAAUAAAUUUGAUAGAUUUCUCCCAUGCGAGUGAAAUCUGUCUGACAUUUACUCUCCAUCUGACAUACUGCUGACUUUCAAGACCAAGCUCCCAUGACUCUGAAUGGGAACAGAUUUCCCCCCUCUGUCUUCUUCAAAUGCUCUUGUUGGAAGGUCUGUUCUCCAAAUGUCUGGUGUCUUCACUGAUCACUGCCUUUAUGGAGCAUGAGACUGAUUAAAACCGUGUAAAACAGGGACCUAAGUUCUAGCAUUAGAUAGAAGUGCUCCUGAUGGCACUGUAAACUACUCUUCUGACUGUUGACAAUACUGUUUUUAUUAAAGAGAGGACUUUGGGUAGGAUUUCUUGGCUUCUUCAACUGAACAUCAACAAUACACCACGCUUCAAGAAAUGUAAGAAUGUCUUCAUCAGUUUAGACCAAUUCUCUUUACCCUAUGGUCGCUUCCAGUCACAGCUUUGUUGGGGGUGUGAGCAGUCAUUUCAAUUAAACACUGAGUGGAUUGAUACAUACUGAACGUCCCCACUGAACUCCCCAAAACAUUCAAAUGUUGCUUGUUUUAGAAGAUGUUUUCUGCAAAGUGAAACGUCUAGUCUCGUUUUCAGAAAAAGAGCAAUGCGAAGAGUACCAAAGGACGGACACCACGAGGCGGACUGGGAGAACACCACCGGCAGCGACAACACUGACACCGAAGGCUCCUGAGAGCGGGAGCUGACCUGCGAGGGAAACGCCAUCUUGGUCUGGGGGCUGCCGUGCCCUCUGUAGUUCUCUCUCAGUGGACUUCGGUUUUAAAACCAUCUAAACAACCAUUUAUGAAAAGUUAACAUUUGUAAGGGGACAGCGUCCCCUCGUCCAUCUAUCUCUUAGAAAUGCAGUGAUGCAAGAGAUGUGCGGCGCACAAAUAAAAUAAACAGGAUUAAAUGGUUGCA